AUGUAGACUUCUCUGGACUUGCAUGCUAUUGCUUUCAAGGCUAAAAAUGUCGAGUACAACCCAAAAAAGUUUGCUGCACUGGUUAUGAGGAUAUCGUGAACCUAGAACAACAGCCUUAAUAUUCAAAACUGGAAAAAUAGUCUGCACAGGGAUGUUGAAGAUAGUGAGAAGUCUCAUGUGGGAAGUUCGCAAAGAUCCUAACAAAUUUAGGAUACCAGGUCACCAUCACGAAUUUCAAGGCCGGUUUCACCGUCAAUAA